AUGGCAUCUCUAACCAAUUCAGAGAUGUCUACCAAGGACGUGGAACUGGAAAGCGGCAAGGCUGCCGACCCCAUGGAAGACACCAGCACAACUCACCAGCAGACAAUGAAAAUGGAGGACACGAACACGAAGGAAUCACCUGUCGCAAAUGGAGACCAAGAUAAACAGUCUGAUUCUAAAACAAUUCUUGGCCGUCGAGUCUACAUCCUCUUUGCUGCAGUCUUUGUCUCGACGUUCCUCAUGGCCUUGAAUGGUUCAAUCAUUGCAACAGCCAUUCCGAAGAUCACAACGCACUUCAACUCGCUCAAGGACAUUGGCUGGUACGGAAGUGCUUAUCUUGUUGCAACGUGUGCUAUGCAGCCUCUCGUCGGCAGGAUAUAUACCCACUUUCCUACAAAAUACACCUAUCUCACAUUCGCCUCCAUCUUCUCGAUCGGCUCGCUUGUCUGCGCCACAGCCCCUUCGUCCAUGGCUCUUAUAAUCGGCAGAGCAGUCCAAGGCUGCGGCGGUGCUGGCGUUCUCAAUGGAGCCUUUGCUGUGAUCGCUGCAUCAGCCUCCAAGGAAGAUCGGCCAUUGCUCAUCGGUAUCGCUGUCAGCCUGACGUCGAUCGGGACUAUCAUCGGACCCCUGAUCGGCGGCGCUUUGACGCAAGAUGUCUCUUGGAGAUGGUGCUUCUACAUCAAUCUGCCCCCUAGCGGCCUCGUGUUGUGCAUCCUCCUCUUGUUGCCAAUUCCGGAACAAAUCAAGAAGAAACCCGUGCUUCCAAAUCUUCGAGCCAUAGUCACGAAGGAGCUCGAUCUCGUGGGCUUCGCAAUCUUCGCCCCGGCCUGCAUCAUGUUUCUGCUCGCCAUGAUCUGGGGCGGCAACCAGUACCGGUGGGACUCUUCCGUCAUUAUCGGUCUUUUCUGUGGCGCUUUUGGUGCCUUCGCCGCCUUCGCCGCCUGGGAGAUUUUCAGGGGAGAAAGGGCCAUGAUCCCGCCAGCCAUUGCCCGGAAUCGACUUGUCAUCUUUGGCUGUUUCACAUCGUUCCUGCAGAUUGGGGCGUUGUUGUCGCUCAGUUACUAUCUCCCGGUGUGGUUCCAGGUCGUCAAGGACGAGAGUCCGGUCAUGAGCGGAGUCAUGGUACUUCCGACCGCCAUUGCGCAGGCUAUUGGCAGUAUAGCGGCGGGGAAGUUGGUCCAAGUUAUUGGCUAUUGCACUCCAUGGGCACUCUUCGGCUGUGUCCUGACCUCCAUCGGAUCCGGGCUCAUGACCACAUUCACCCCUUCCACCGGCGCGGGACCCUGGAUCGGGUACCAGAUACUUGCCGGGACGGGACGAGGCUCCGUGGUGCAAAUGCCAAUCACUGCAAUACAGAACCUCCUGCCGCCAAAGGAAGUCUCCAUCGCCACUUCCCAGAUCUUCUUCUGGCAGUACCUCGGCGGAGCCGUCUUCCUCGCCGUCGCCGAGACGAUCUUCACAAACUCCCUGCGCUCGUCGUUGAGGACCUACGCUCCAGGCGUCAAUCCUGACACCAUCAUCGACGUCGGCGCUGCUGCAGUGAGAUCAAGCGUGUCCAGUGGUCAGCUCCCAGGUGUCCUUCGCGCGUAUAACCACGCCAUCGUCUCGACUUUCUAUCUUGCAGUGGGUGCCUCUUCAGCGGCAUUCCUCACCAGCUUUGGCAUGGGAUUCCAGAGGCUGCCUAAGAAAGAGAGUAAGCAGAAACCAAAAGCGAACGAGGCAUAG